UCGAGUGAUUUUGAUCGAAGAAGAGAAAAGAAAUCAAAUAUCAAAUUCGCGGUGAUAACGCAGGUGGCUGGGCUGCUCAAAAAAGAAAUAAGUUCGAAGUGUUAAUUAAUUAUUUAUUUUUCAACUUAAAAUUUUGUAUUAUUUCGUGUGAUAACUGAUAAAUUGUGCUACAUAUUCUGCCGAUAUGGCCAGUCUUAUACGACUACCGUCGAUUCUCGCUAGGAAUGCAACAGCAAUGACCAGAGCAUCUUCCUUGCUGACCUCUCGUAAGCUGCAUAUUACUCACGGGCCUUCAAAUGUCACAAAAUCCGAUGCGAUUUCGAAGGAGUAUCCCAUUGUAGACCAUGAAUACGAUGCCAUUGUAGUUGGUGCAGGUGGUGCUGGUUUGCGUGCUGCAUUUGGUUUGGUUGCCGAAGGAUUCAAAACUGCGGUGAUUACAAAACUAUUUCCCACAAGGUCACAUACUAUUGCCGCACAAGGUGGUAUCAAUGCAGCCCUUGGUAAUAUGGAAGAAGACGAUUGGAAAUGGCAUAUGUAUGAUACAAUUAAGGGUUCCGAUUGGUUGGGAGAUCAAGACGCAAUUCAUUUUAUGACUCGUGAAGCAGCAAAAGCCGUUAUAGAGCUGGAGAACUAUGGAAUGCCAUUCUCGCGUACACCCGAUGGUAAAAUCUAUCAACGUGCUUUUGGUGGUCAGAGUUUGAAGUUCGGCAAAGGUGGUCAAGCGCAUAGAUGUUGUGCUGUUGCCGACAGAACUGGCCAUUCUUUACUGCACACUCUGUACGGACAAUCACUAAGUUACGAUUGUAACUACUUCAUUGAAUAUUUUGCACUUGAUCUUUUGUUCGAAAAUGGUGAAUGCCGUGGUGUGAUUGCAUUAUGUCUGGAAGAUGGAACACUCCAUCGUUUCCGUGCAAACAACACAGUUAUUGCUACUGGUGGUUAUGGUCGUACUUACUUCUCUUGUACAUCUGCGCAUACAUGUACGGGUGACGGAACAGCUAUGGUUGCACGACAAAAUCUUCCAAAUCAAGAUUUAGAAUUUGUUCAGUUCCAUCCAACUGGUAUUUACGGUGCUGGAUGUCUUAUUACUGAAGGCUCUCGCGGUGAAGGCGGUUAUCUGGUAAAUUCAAAAGGAGAAAGAUUCAUGGAGCGUUACGCUCCCGUGGCCAAAGAUUUGGCCUCCCGUGAUGUAGUAUCGCGAUCAAUGACUGUGGAAAUAAUGGAAGGUCGUGGUUGUGGACCUGAGAAGGAUCAUGUUUAUUUACAACUGCACCAUUUACCACCAGAGCAAUUGGCCCAGAGAUUGCCUGGUAUUUCUGAAACAGCUAUGAUUUUCGCUGGAGUGGAUGUUACUCGUGAACCUAUACCUGUUCUGCCAACCGUUCACUAUAACAUGGGUGGAGUACCAACGAACUAUCGAGGACAAGUUUUAACCAUUGAUAAAAACGGAAAAGAUGUUGUUGUACCUGGAUUAUAUGCCUGUGGUGAGUCAGCCUCAUCGUCCGUUCACGGAGCCAACCGUUUGGGUGCUAAUUCGUUGUUGGAUUUGGUUGUAUUUGGUCGUGCCUGUGCAAAAACAAUAUCUGAAGAGUGCAAACCUGGUGCACCUGCACCAUCGCUUUCUGAUAAUGCUGGAGAGGCUUCUGUGGCUAACUUAGAUAAAUUGCGAUAUGCUGAUGGUAAGAUAUGCACAGCUGAUUUAAGAUUAAAAAUGCAGAAAGCUAUGCAAAAGCAUGCUGCUGUAUUCCGUGAUGGUCCAGUACUUCAAGAGGGAUGCAAGGUUAUGGGAGAAAUCUUCAAUGAGUUCAAAGAUAUUAAAGUAUCAGAUAGAUCUCUCGUUUGGAACUCCGAUCUUGUUGAGACUUUGGAAUUACAAAAUCUGUUAACUAAUGCAGUUAUGACUAUUGUUGGAGCAGAAAACCGCAAAGAAUCUCGUGGUGCACACGCUCGUGAAGAUUUCAAAGUCCGUAUUGAUGAAUUUGAUUAUAGCAAACCUAUUGAAGGACAGGAAAGAAAACCAUUGGAUCAACAUUGGCGCAAGCAUACACUGUUGUGGAUAAACCCAGAAACAGGCAAUGUUGAAAUUAAAUACAGAAAUGUGAUUGACACACCUUUAGAUGACUCGGUACAAGCAGUACCUCCAGCGGUUCGCUCAUACUAAACAAAUAAAACUCUCACAGUAUCGAAAAGCAGACAAAAAAUGUAGUAACUUAUUUCUAAAUGUAUUUAAAACCAUCAAGUACUUUAAAAUGCCUCUCGAUUUCUAACCUUUUUUUAUUUUUGUCAAAAACAAAACAAAUAUUAAUAAAACGCUCAUAAAUACUUAAACAUUGAUUUAUGUCUAAAAAAACAUGUUCCCUAUUUUUCUGACUAUUUUAGUUUGUUAUUUCCUAUAUAAUUUAUUAGAUUGUUAUACUAUGUCGAAGAUAUUACAAUAUUUGUAUUAAACGAAGAAAUUAACUAGUUUUUGAUUUCAUUAUAUA